AUGUCUUCCAAGCGCAAAUGGGAUCAGGCCGCCCCUGAAGAGGCAGAGACUCCGACAAAAGCACCUAAGAUUGAGGAAGGGAAGACCGCGUCAGAAGCAGCGGCUGCUGCCGCCGCCAUCGCUGCAAAAAUUGCUGCUCAGUUCGCGAACUCUGGAGGUGCUGCUGGCGGCUCAGGGCUACCGAAGGAUCCUCAUGAUGCGGACUUCACGCAUGACAUUGAUAUAAACGACGUGAGGAACCGGUACCUGCUCACGAAGGGUUCGACGCAGACGCAGAUCCAUGAGGAGACGGGUGCUUCAAUAAGUACGAAGGGCGUUUGGUAUCCGGAUCGAUCCAAGGCGACAGAGAAGGAUCCGCCUCUGUAUUUACACAUCUCGGCCACCACACAAGAGAUACUACAGAGCGCGAUUGACAAAGUGAAUGAGUUGAUUUCCAUGGACAUGGGCUCGCUGGUGGAGGACAAGAAGGACCGGAUGAGGGAACGCCGCAAAUGGCCCGAAGAGAAGAUUCCAGUUGGGAUAGACUCCAUCAGAAACUUUAACGUUCGAGCGAAGGUCGUUGGGCCUCAGGGUAUGUUCGUGAAAUACAUCCAGCAAGAGACUGGGACCCGCGUGCAAAUAAAGGGAAUCGGAUCCGGCUUCGUCGAUCAGGAGACUGGCCAUGAACACGACGAACCUAUGUACAUCCACGUCACUGGCCCGGAUGAUGGCCAAGUCGCGCGUGCGAAGGUCCUCACAGAAGACCUCCUAGAGGUUGUCCGCCAGGAACAUUCCAAAGUUAAGGUGAUCGUUCAACAACAACAGAUGGAGCUGCACCAAGCACAAAUCCAGUACGCCUACAGUGCCUAUGCCGUAUGUAUAUUUCGCUCAUUCCUCUCUUUCUCUCCCUUGCAUCCGUCAUUGCCAUUGACUAUGAUAGUCCCCUCUCGCUGCUCUUGCUAUCAAUAUUAUACCCGGCAUGUACCCUCUGCGCGUGUGUUGCUAACGCUUUGA